AUGUGACCAGGGGAGGGAGUUUCCUGUUUCCUGGCCCCUCCUAGGCCAAGCUUGGCCAGCCCAGGCCUGAACAGGCAGUGGCCAAAGUGACCCCAAGAGAGUAUCCAGGGACUCAGGCCUCUGAUCAAGUUAACCCCAGAGGAUCAGAGAGGGGGCGACGAAGGAGAAGCAUUCAGAGGGCACUGGCUUCUGGACAGCAAUGAGUGCCCGGGCCACGCGGCCCCGAAGCCGGCGAGGGAGGCAUGUUCCACCCGGUGAACUGGACCCUGUGGCUGAGAGUUCAGAGGAGGGUGAAGCAGCCGGUGGGAGCUCCAAGCCUAGCCUUACCCCACCUCUGGGGAGCUCUGGGCCAGAGCACCUGGGCCCCAUUGAGGAGGUCAGUGGCCGAAGCCUAGAAAGCAGGACUGACAAGAAGACUGAUGGGGACUCUGGCAGGGGACCAGCCUCAGCCCCCGAGGUGCCCCACAAACCUGCAGUGGAAGCCCACGAAUCCCCAGAAUCAGCCCUACAGUGCGAGGAGACUCUGCCUCCUGGGACUGGGGAGCCCGAUGUGUUUCAGACCCUCCAGCACGCUCUGAGCUCUCUGGAGGCGGCGGCUGCUGCCUGGCGCCACCAGCCCCCCAGCCAUCCUGGGCUGAUGGAGGGCACAAGCGAAGGGGGACCAGGACCCCCUGGGAAGCAGGAAGGGGCAGGGAGCUGCCAGCAAGAGGCAGCUCGCCUGGCCGAGAGGAAUGCCUGGCUCCGGCUGGCCCUAAGUACCCGAGAGGAUGAGCUGGUCCGCAUGCAGGACUCCCUGGAGGCCAUCCGAGCUGAGAAGGAGACGCUGCAGAGAGAGGUUCGGGAGCUGCAGGAUUCCCUCUUGAGGCUGGAGCCCUUCCCACAUCUUUCCCACAGCCAAGCGGGUGGCUCAGGCAGUGGUUCUAGCAGCUCUGAGGCAGACAGGGAACCUUGGGAGACUCAGGACUCCUUCUCUCUGGCUCACCCCCUGCUUCAGCGCCUCCACAGCCAUUCUAGCACCCAGAUCCUUGGGCCUCUCCCCACUCAGCCCCUCAGUCCUGAGCUGCGCAUCAUGGAAGCCCAGAUGGAGCAACUCCGGGGGAACAUUGAGAAGCUCAAAUGCUUUAACCGUCUGCUAUCAGCUGUGCUCCAGGGAUACAAGGGCCGUUGUGAGGGCCUCAGCAUGCAGCUGGGUCAGCGGGAGGCUGAGGCCACAGCAUUGCAUCUGGCCUUGCAGUACAGUGAGCAUUGUGAGGAGGCAUACAGGGUCCUGCUUGCUCUGCGGGAGGCCGACUCAGGAGCAGGAGCCGAAGCCCCCAUGGGUGACCUGCAGGCAGCUGAAAAGGAAGCAUGGAGGCUGCUGGCACAAGAGGAGACCACCGUGGACGCAGGGGCACUGCAGAAUCCACAGCCAAGCCCUGAGGGCAGCAGUGUGGAUAAGCCCACAGAGGAAGUGGCUUUCCAGCUCCGAAGCUAUGUCCAGCGUCUCCAGGAGCGUUGUGCUCAAGUGAAGAUUCUCUCAGAGCCUGGCCCCACCUUGGCACCCAUCCCCACUCUGCCCCGUGCAGAAGUCAUGGUGCAGGCCAUUCUGGGGACCCAGCCUGGCCCAGCUCUGCCCCGGCUGGAGAAGACACAAAUUCAACAGGAUCUGUUGGCCACAAGGGAGACCCUGGCGGACCUGAUGCUUCGGCUGCAGCUGGUGCGACGUGAGAAGCGGGGCCUAGAGCUUCGAGAGGCCGCCCUCCGAGCCCUGGGCCCAGCUCACGCGCUUCUGCUGGAGCAGCUGCGCUGGGAAUGGGCAGAGCUCCGGGCUGGUGGGGCAAACAGCAGUGGUGGAGACAGCAGUGGAGGUGACAGCAGCGGGGGCGAGGAGGGGUGGUACCAGGGCCUUCCUGUUGUCCCUGGUGGCACCAGUGGCAUUGACGGUGGCCAGGUGGGCAAAGCAUGGGGCCCAGAGAAGUUAGCCCAGGAACUGGCAGCGUCACUCACCAGAGCACUGGACCUGCGGGAACAGCUGCAGUCUCUGCGUGGGGAGCUGGAACGCGUGGCGCAGAAGGGGCGAGCCAGACGGUCUCAGAGUGCCGAGCUGAACAGGGACUUAUGCAAAGCCCACAGCGCCCUGGUCCUGGCCUUCCGAGGAGCCCACCGGAAGCAGGAAGAGCAACGCCGGAAGCUGGAGCAGCAGAUGGCACUCUUGGAGGCUCAGCAGGCUGAGGAGGUGGCGGUGCUGGAGGCCACUGCAAGGGCCCUGGAGAAGCCCAGGCCUUCCCUCCCGCCACCCCAGCUGGGGGAGACCUUUCUGUAGCCCUUUCUCCAGCCGUGUCUGGAUGUACCAGAUCGCUGCGGCGUGUCAUAAACUGUCCUGGAGUGAUAUCA